CUCUAUCAUGAUUCAACACCAGCAUUCACCCAUCGACACGCCGCUUUUCCCAGCCGUUUGCCAUUAAACGGUGUGCGUGUCCGGUGAACCGAAAAUGGCGAAAAAGAGGAAGAACGAGGCCAAUCACGACUCGGUCAAAAUUGGGGACAAGGUCAUCUCCCUUGAAGGUUAUCUCACGAAACGACCAAGGCCAGAAACAACACAGUUAGGACUGAAUCAAGUUGUUGUCGACCAUGAUGCAGGCACCCCUGAGGAAACAUCAAAGUCUCCCUUCAGCGUAAAGCCGGGGGCCGCUGAGUCCGCCUCAGCAUCCAGACCGCCAGCGGGUGACCCACAGUUUUUUGCAGCAAGAAAGGCUCUCCCGCUUUGGACUCGCCAGGACGAUAUCCGACGGAUUUUGCGGCAGAAAGAUGUUCUAGUCCUAGUGGGCGAAACUGGUUCGGGCAAAAGUACCCAAGUACCUCAGUUUUUGUACCAGGAAAAGUGGUGUCAGAGGAGGAAAGUGAAGGUCCGGACCGGCGAGGGAGUCCAGGAGGUCAACGUGGGAGGCAUGAUUGCGAUCACGCAGCCGAGACGAGUUGCAGCAACGACUCUUGCCCAUCGUGUCUCCCGAGAGGCAGGCACGCCGCUCAAUGGGCAAAAUGCUGGCGGGAACAGCAAGGGGCCUGUCUCGAAAGGUUUGGUGGGCUAUUCAGUUCGGUUCGACCACCGCGUUCCGCCCGGGACCAGGAUCAAAUAUCUGACCGAGGGUAUGCUGCUCCAGGAACUCCUUCGCGACCCCCACCUCAGACAGUACAGCGCCAUCCUAGUCGAUGAAAUCCAUGAGCGGAGCGUGGAUGUCGAUAUGCUGUCGGGCUUUCUCAAGCAGAUCAUCUCCGGAGACAAGGCUGGACGUGGCGGGAUCCCACUCAAAGUUAUCAUCAUGAGUGCCACGGCCAACGUCGAGAAGAUCACCAACUUCUUCUCUAGCACGAAACCCGAGGACUCCAAUGCCCCAUCUAAUCCGGUCCCUGAGCCAAACUCUUCAGUCGAGUAUCUCCAGAUCGAGGGGCGGCAGUUCCCCGUCGACGUUGUUCACACGCCCAAGCCCGUCCCGGAUAUCCAGGAGGCGCUCAUGAAGACCAUAUUCAAGCUUCACACGGAAGAAGCGCUGUCGGAUAAACAUGGCAGGAAAGAUAUCCUGGCAUUCCUGACCGGCCAAGAGGAGAUUGAGUCGGCCCAGCGACUCAUUGAAGAAUACGCCUCAACGCUGGGACCUAAACUACCAAAAGUCAAGGUUUUCCCGCUGUUCGGUCAACUCUCAAUGGAGGCACAACACGAGGCCUUCCAGCCGAUCAAAGGCGGACAGACGAGGAAGAUUGUCCUCGCGACCAACAUCGCCGAGACGUCCGUCACCGUCCCUGGCGUGCGAUACGUCAUUGAUUGCGGGAAGUCCAAAGUGAAACAAUUCCGGCCGCGGCUCGGCAUGGAGUCGCUGCUCGCAAAACCCAUAUCAAAAUCAUCCGCCAUCCAGAGGACCGGUCGAGCCGGGCGUGAAGGACCCGGCAAGUGUUACAGACUAUACACCCAAGAGUCGUACGAGACGUUAUACAAGACAGAUCUUCCCGAAAUCUUACGAACGGAUAUCCUCAGCGCCAUUCUUACCAUGAAAGCCAGGGGCAUAGAUGACGUUUUGUCCUUCCCGCUCAUGGACCCUCCCGCGAUCGAGUCUGUCGAGAAGGCUCUUUUGCAUCUUCACAUCCUCGGCGCACUUGCAGACGAUGGCUCCAUUACGGAAACGGGGCGCAAGAUGGUGUCGUUUCCCCUCACACCUCCGUACGCUCGAGUUAUUAUAGCAGCGGCGGACCCAAAGUACGACUGUUUGCUCGAGGCGAUUGAUAUCAUCUCUUGUAUCACCUCUGGCGAGGACAUCUUUCUCCAGCUACGGACCGAGGAAGCAAAGGAGGAAGUCGAGGAGUACCGGAAGGAGCUUUCCCGACGAGAGGGUGAUCUUCUCACGUAUCUGACCACGAUGCAGCUCUACGCGGCCGAGAACGCCGACCGGAUCCAGUGGUGCAAAGACCGCAAGAUCAACAUCAGAAACAUGAAGCAGGCCUUGAACAUCCGUAAGCAACUCCGGGGCCUGUGCGUGCGCCAGGGCAUGAUGGAACAGCCACCACCAGAUCCCCAGCCGUUCACACCAAUAUCGCCAGAACAAGCGGCAGCAAUUCUCAAGUGCUUCCUGACGGGGUUUUCGAUCAAGACGGCGAUUCUGGCACCGGAUAACAGCUACGUCACGGCGCAUGGCAAACACGUCGUGGCGAUACAUCCUUCGAGUGUCCUGCAUGGUCAGAAGAAGGAAGCCAUCAUGUUUUUGGAACACGUCUAUACACAGAAAAACUAUGCGAAGAAGGUCAGCAUCAUCCAAGCCGUGUGGAUAGCCGAGGCUCUUGAGUAAAAGAUGGAAAGGCCUAUGAUCGUGUCCGGGCGCGUAACACACGACGCUACGAACGAUCAUGAAAUAGAAAGACAUCACCUGGAUCCACACUACCCUGUUUCACUCAGUGUUUCCAUUGUAAUAGAAUGACUGAACCUGCCCCUGAGUACGAAAUACCACCGGAAUUUACAUGUGAAUUGGGUGUGGUGUGUUCAAACCGCACUGUGUGGAUCC